AUGAAUUUCUUAAACCGCCAGGGUAUUACAUCUGGAAACAGUGUCAAAGGGUGGCCUCAUGGCAAAAGAGCUAAACAGAAAGUCCCGUAUUAUACACCUUUUGCCAGGAUUCUCACCACUAUUGUUGAGACCUUUAAGUUUUUUGACUCAGAGAAUCAAUACUACUGUGGAAUAUGA